AUGGAAGAUCCUAUUCUGGCAGUAAGGCCAGACUUCACAUCACAAGAACACGAAGCUUCGUGGCGUCAAUUAGUAGAAGAAGGCCUCUCGAAUGAAAAUGCAGCUCGGGCCUUAGCAGCAUUAUGGACCUUAGCUAACAAUGCCGAGAAAGACUGUUGGGCACUCAGACAACAGCACAUGAUAGAGGCCAGGCAAAGAGAAGAGGACAAAGAGGAAGAACAUCAGCAACAAUGCAAGGAGGAAGAAGAGGCUGCACAUCUAGAGGAACGGAAGAAGAAUAAAACUAAGUACGCGCCCAUAAUGAAAUCCGGAGACUACUGCGAGCUCCAUUAUUUCACCAACCGUGGUCUUGAAGACGCGAAACUGUCCAACUUAAUAGCGGAACUGGAAGCUAUGGUAAUGCUACCAGCAGCAGACGGUUUACACUCUUGGAUCCCAGCAGUGGCAGUAAAGGACCCGAAAGCGGCUCCGGUUGUGAAAGACGAGAAUCUGUCUUGGGAAGAAUUCAAUGAAGCCACCCCUCGCAUGAUCACAAUGAUGCAAUUGUACGACUGGCCUGAUGAUCAGACAGACAUGCAUAUACAAUUUUGGUCUGCUCUACAGACACAUCGUUGGCGCCAUUCACCAGAUCAGCUCAAACAACGAGCGCUACUACUAUAUCAAUCCCAGCAACAAUGA